AUGGAUACUGAGGAGAACCAGGACGGAUCAGAUGAAGAUUUAAGUGAGGAGUCUGAGGAAAAUUCAGAACAUUCUACCGAUGAUGAGGCAGACAGUUCUGAUGUGAACGAGGAUGGAGAAGAUGUCGACGAUGCAGCUUACUCUGACGGAGAAGAUUACAGUGUCUAUGGUAAAGUGAAAGAUGAAGAUGAUGAUGAAGAUGAAGUCUGUAUUGAAAAUGUCAGAAACAGAUAUGGUGAAACAGGAAGCAUGCCCAUGUCAUGGGGAACAGCUGAAGAUGGAUAUGCGAGUCUCCCAGCUUACCUACAUUCAGUGAACAAAGCCAAUCCGGGAACUGUAUCAGCUCUUCAUGUAGAUUCGAAUAACAAAUUCAAAUAUCUAUUUCUCGCAUUUGGAUCAUCGAUUGCCAGUUUUCAGUACAUGAGAAGAGUUAUUGUUGUUGAUGGAUGUCAUCUAACAGAAAAAUACGAAGAUGGUUAUCCUUUGGUGAUAGUUUCUGACAGCCAUCUUUCUAUUAAGAAAACUUGUCAAACUGUUUUCCCAUGGGCAAAACGAGGGAUAUGCUUCUACCAUCUACAACAUAACAUAGUAACAAAGUUUAGGGGGAAGCAGUUGCUGUACUUGGUAAAACGUGUGGCUUAUGCUUACAACCUCUAUGAUUACAACCGGUACAUGGCGGAGCUGAGACAGAUCAAGCCUGACCUUGCUGACUAUUUGAAAGAAGCCGAUGUCUCCCUUUGGUCCCGAGUUCAUUUUGUUGGAGACAGAUACAAUAUUAAGACUAGCAAUGUCGCAGAGUCUAUAAAUGCUGCACUUAAGAAGGCCUGGGCUAUCCCAUUUCAUUCCUCUUGGAUUUCAUACGAGAGAAGCUCGGGAGUGGAGUAUUUGCUGGCGAUUCGUGGACAUUAUGCAGAUGCAAUGGAGGUGGACCGAAUUGACACUUGGAGAUACUAUGUGAAAGGAGGAACCAGGAAUUGUAUUGUUGAUUUGGAACAUGGAAUGUGUGAAUAUGGUGUGUUUUACAUCGAGAAGAUCCCAUGUUCACAUGCUAUUGCAGCUGCAUUAGCCGGUGGGAUAGCUGUGGAUUCCCUUGUAUGUCCGACUUACUCGAAAAACUACUUGUUUGCUGCUUACUCUGCCAACAUAUAUCCCCAAAUUUCAGAGGUCCAAGGAGUCAACCUAUCAAUAUGUCUGCCACCAGACGUUCGCCGCAAACCAGGCAGACGGAAGAAGUCUCGAUGGCAAUCAUGGCUAGAAAUUGCUAGACGGAAAAGCAACAAGCCAAGGAAGCUGCACAAACUAUACAGCUGCUCACAAUGCAAGCAACCUGGUCAUACCCUACCGAAUUGUACGUCGAAGAUUCACAAGGACAAUAUCAAGAAGGCUCCGAAAUAG